GUAACAGGCAAAAACCUCUAAAAGCUUUGGUGGAACCAUUCUCAGAUCCAGCGGUGGCUUUUAAGUUGCAAUUUCUCUUAAAAAAUAAUUUUCAUUCACCUGUGUGUUUUGGACCUAAUUCUGCAGGCAUGUCUGAGUAAUGCCGGGCAUGUACGGUUGUAUUUGUGGAGCGGUGACGUUAUUUUAUGAUGCCCCCGGGGGAGGAAACCGCUGUGCUGUGUUUGUACAGCACCUUCUGCAGCCCAUCCUGGUUGUGUCUGGCUCUCCUGUGCCUGACCCUGCUUUGCCAACUUUGUCAGGGCCAAAUAGCCCUCAUGCGAUGGUGUUGCUGAAAGUUGGCUUAAGUAAACUCGUCCCACUGAACAGCAGACCACACUUCUUUAACAGCAGAUGUAUUGAAAUGUCUUGUUUACUGUGUCUUGUCCUCUCCGUCUGUGUUUGCAGAGCAGAGACAUCAUUCAUAAUUGUGGCUCUUAGGAUUACGGAAUUAACAGCAUACUUAAGAUAGCAGUAGUACAGUCUUUUGAUCUGAAAAGAAAAUAAACCAUUCAAGUAUGUCUGGGUUUUCAAAGUGGUGGGGUAAUUUGUCUUCCACAUCUCCUGACCACUUAGCCUGUGCCCACAUAGCAAACGACUGAGUUCACAAUAACACUUCUGCCAGUACUGUAUUAGAUAAAUCUUAAUUAGCUAAAUUUUCUAUCCGGUGAUGCUCCAGGCUUAGGUUACACCUCAACAAAGUGUACUGUAGUGAAUGAAUCAAAAUCUGAGCAUAUAGUUUUAAAGAGAAUUUGUUAUGUUAGUAUAAAACACAAAACAACAAUUUUAGAGAAAUAGGGAAAGGGCUUUGUAUAUUCUUCCUACCUUCUUUUUUAUGAAUUGGACCAAUUAGUCUUCAGAAUUCAAAAACUUUUUUUUCCCCUAAAGAAGGUAGUUGAACCAAUUCAAAAUAUUUAAUCUCUCCACAAACCUUGCCAUAUUUAUUCUUUUAGUCCAACAAGGUUGUUACACCUUUACUACUACGCUAAACUUCCAUAGGGCAGCAGUCAGUGGUCUUAUAAUUACCAUUACUAUUUGUGAUCCUUUUAAAAAGGCAGUUAUUAUUUAUAAGGUCCUGAUAGAACUCCAGUGGUAAUGUUUUUAGGCAUCUGCAGAUAAAACAUUCUUUAAAAAAUGUCAUCUCACAAUAUAAAUGCAAAGAGAAGUCGAGUUUAUUGAAGGUAUGCAAUUUAAAAACAAACCCCAUACACUCAACCUGACAGAGCAUGAAGGGAUUAUCCAGGCUUGACUCAUCUGUGUAGACUGUGCAGUUCAGGCUGACUGCUGAGCUGAGCAACAGUCCACUGGAGUGAUUUCACUGCUGCUUCUCUGGGUUGUGCCAGCCUUUACAAACGUUAUUGGUAUUCCAGAGCUGUUUUAUUCUUUUGAAGAAAAGCUAGGCUUGGAGUCAAUGAAACUUGAAAAGAUUGGGGAUUCAUUUUGAUAGUUGAUGAAACUAUUUACUGUUCGAUUUUACGUAGGUAAGUCAAAAACUGUAUGAGGUUUUCUUCUGUGAGGUCUUAUACAUCCUACAUGCAGUUGAAAAUACUCUUUAAGUGAGCUGGAAACAGACAAUUUAAAGUCAGUGUGAAGUGAAAAGAGGAACUUGCUUGGCUCAGGUCAGUGUUUGUUGUACUCAGAAAUGACUGUGGCUAUGCAACUCCAUGUUCAGUAGGAAGGAGGUGUGUGGUUUAGUUUGACUUCUUUCAUUACAGAAGUCAUUAAAUCUUGUUUGGUAUUUUCUGCAUCAGAUCUGUAACAUCGGGCUUGAACCAGUACUUAAAAAGAAAUCUGCUGUUGAACACUUAAAGUCUGUGUAGGUUUUCACUAGUUGCGCUUUUAUUUUUUAAGUAAGAUCCUACUCUGAAUUUUGCUAGCCUAAGCUUCCAGUCAGGGAUCUCUUUGUAGUCUGUAUUUUAAAUUCUUAAAAACUGAAGUACUUGAAAGAAAGUGACAGUAGUAAGAAAGGGGCUGGGGGGUUAUAGUAACUAAGAGGAAGGUUAGAAAAUGUGUGACGUGUUAACUCCUCUUUUUCCUGUUCUAUAAAUAUUAUUCCACUUCUUUUUCUGUCUCCCACAUGUAACAUGUAACUAACAUGGAUGAGGGGCUUUUUAAAGUUACUCAAGAGAGAUUUGGUUGUUCGGUGGUUUCUGCAGUGUUUGUUGCCAUGGCAGCUAGCCAGCGGCCUGAUUAGUGAUUAAGAUGGUUACACUUCGUUUUUGUGUCUUGUGGUACUGGAAACUAUAUCUGAGGUAUCAUAAGAAACAGCUGUUGUACAAAGACUGCAGUAAGUUGUUUCUGUGAAGAGACUGAAAUGCUUUUGUCCUCACACAGUUAUUGUACAGUGAUGCUUUAUAUCUGUUAUUAUGUAUAGUUGUGUUUAAAAUGCCUCCUGUCUUAAAGAUUGUUAGAUAUUUACAAUAAAUGUACUACUUCUACUAUAUAUUUGAAGGAAGAAACCCAUUAAUUGAACAAACCCGUUUUUUUAUGCUUGAGAGAAGUGACACUUCAGUUUAGUUACUAAAUUGUAUGUUAAAGGUAGAAUAUAACAAAAACAGAGGUGAGAUAGUGUGACAAGAAGCAGAGUCAUUUUUCUUACCUCCUGAUCUCAAGCUGUAGUCAUUUCCAGUUAGCACAUAGAUAGAAAAUCAAUUGUAAUCUGCUUAUAAUUGCCUUCUUGGUAGAGUUAUGAGGCAUUUCUCUCCCCUUGUCCCUCUCUCCACUCCCCCUUUCUUCUUUUUUUUCUAAUUGUUUCUUUUUCUCUCUUUCACCAUAUUUUUCCUCUGCAUGUCAUGUGGAAUAGGCAGCUUUCCAGAGUUAGAGGAGAAAAACAAUCUAUGGAUAUUUUUCACUUUAAAGCUCUGCAUCUUUAAAUGUUUUUGUGUGACAGUUUGAGGCUCUGUCAAAAAGUAUGUUCCUUACUGUGUUGUUUCGUGAUGAGCAGAAACUGAGGAAGGUUUUCAUAACCUUGGGGCUUUCUGCGUAGUUGAACUAGGCAUUUCUCUUUCACCCAUCAGGGUUGAUUAUUUCAGGGGAGAUCACAUUACUUGGGUAAAAGGCUGAGCUUGCACUCCCAAAAAUUCAAAUUGUAUUUUGCUUAGUAUGAAAUGCUGGGCUUGACACUGACUUUCCCAUUCUCCAAGGAUAUUAUAUUCCCCAGUUAUGGAGUUAUUUUAGCUUUUUGGUAAACUAAAGCUCCAUUCAUUCUUGAAUCAUAGCUUCAGAGGGAGUAUGUUUUGAAACAGUACUUUAAUUUUCGAACUUGUACUUAUGCUAUCCCGACUGGAAAGGUCCAGACAAGACCUUUUCAGUUUGCCCUGAGGAGUAAUGAAGCUCACCCUCUGCAACUGCAAGAUUUGUCAUUGUUCCAGGCUCACCUCCCAGCACACACCACACUAUCCUGACUGCCUGGGCAUUUUAAGGUUGUAUUUGCUUGAUUUAUGAUAUCAGGAUAACACUUCAAAAUUGGUUGUGUGUCAUCCUCAUCCCUGGGAGGGGAGAUGUCUGUUUAUGUAUGUAUAUGUCCAUGUGUGUGUGCGUGUGUAUGGUAGAUAGAUACAGAAGAGAAUGCUAGACCACCCUAGGAUCUGCUGUCCUUUAAAUGUAGAAAGCACCUAUGUGCUCACAUUUACAGCUCACAGUAUCUCUGUUUUAGACCAAAGUGUUUUGGUUCUGAGUUCUUUCAGGAUAAAUAGAUCCUUUGCAUAAAACUUUUGCAAGAUUAUACGAAGUAUUUAAAAUAUAUUAUUUGUUACAAGUAUAGCUUUCUUGAGAGUGGAUAGUGAGGAAACUAAAGCUAUGUCCAGGAUGAGGGAUUUUACUUAACAGGAAGCUGACAUUUUGAGAAAAGAGUAGAGAGAGAGGAGGGAGAGACUAACCAAGACGUUCAGUAUUUGGGAGUGAAGGAGAGUUUAAUGGAGGUUAAUAGUCCUCCCAAUGGAAGAAAUACAGUAAUUUCUUUUGGUAUGGAAGGAAUGUCUUGGGAGGUGGUUGAAAGCUGAAGGGGAGUGCCAGAGAUGGAGAAGUCAGUGAACCUGGAGGUGUUCAGCAGUAAAUGUGAUGAAGGUUAUUGCAAAUACCUGAAGAGCAGUCUGCUUGCUGCAAGUAGGUAAAGCUCAGAGGCUGGGAAGAGUCUUAAAUCCGUGAGUCCUUUACUAAUUUACAAAAACUGUCAUGAUAGUUCCUGAAUGACCAUUUCUGUGAACCAUCCUCCCCUAUGAGCUGUAAAAAGUAAUGUGUUAAGUUGCGAAAUCAGUGAAUCAGUCCCAUCAAACUUUGAAGUUUUCCGAUGAACUGAAAAUUUCUAUUGUGCUGUGACUUCAACCUUUUAUCUUAAGACUAAUGAAACUUGGUGGUUUGGCAGUGAUUAGCUGGAAGAGGGACAGAUUGUAUUAUUUCCUUUAACAGAAGUUACUUUCCUAGUCUCCUUUUGUUCUGCAAACUGUUAACAUAAGUAGCUGGUAACUAUAAAUCCUCAUCUCUAUGCUUUUUCGCGUCACCAUUCUAUUAUAGUUGGUGCCCUGACUCUUGACAGAUCUUUUCAGUCCUUCGUCAUCUGUAAAGCUAAUGUUUGAAUCACUGAGUUAUCUGAUAUUUCCAGCAUUAAUGCAUGGCCUCAUCUUUGCUGAGAGACAUUUCUCCUGUAAAAAGUACCAUCAACCCUUUCAUGGAGAUCUCCAUGUUACCUAAGUGGAAGAUCUGAGAGCCUCGUAUUUUGCAGCAACAUCUCUUAAGGCCUUUCCACCUUAAAACAUUAAACUGAUUUGAAAACCUCAGACGAUUUCUCCUUCAGCAGUAAUUCCAAUACAUACUAUUUGUAAUGCCAGAUACACCUCUGGAAAUGGUUUGUUCUGGCUGGGGAAGGGCUGUGUUGUACAAGUGCCCAGGGCUGUGCACCUGGGUUCACAAGUCUCUAUAGCAGCUGCUUCUGGGAUUGCUGCUGCUAUUCUUGCUGGGCUGCCAACUGGGCUUUUGCCGCUCUUGCUGAGCUGUGAGUUUGACUCAUUAGUGUUUCUGGAACUGUCACUGUUGGGAUUACGGUCUGGGUUUCUUGAAGUUGUUGCUGAGCUACAGCCUGUGCUUACAGCUGAAAGAUUAAAAUCAGAGUUUUCUGCUUCAGCUGUUGUUUCCUCAGCCACCUCUUUGCUUGUCUGUUAAUAGCUUUUUAUUUUAGCUAUUGUGUGGAAGAAGAUAACAUCUGGUAUCAUGCAUACAUUGAUGUGACUUUCAUCUGGUUCCAGCAAAAGACUGUGUGGCUCAUAAAUAUAUUUAGGUGGUACUCACUAGCUGGAGUUUGACCUUAUUACAUAGACUCAUCCAAAGUUUCGACUUAGUUUCUUGUGAGCUCUCUACAUUCUCUGAAUGAUCAUCUCUUGUGUUAUAAAUGGAACUUGGUAAACCACCCUUGCCUGAUGAGUUAUGUGAAAUUAAACUAUGGAUCUUCAGAGACAUUUAGCAUGUGUUUGCAUUGUGGAAUUACACAGCCAGUCUUUUUCAAGACUCAGAAUAAUUGAUCUUUCACUUUGCUAAGUUUAACUGUGUUGGUUACAUGCCUUGUCUCUCCAAAAGGUUUUAUUCAGUAUUUGGUGAUGAUCUUUCAUCUGAGUUGUUUUAUAGAACUGGCAGCUCAAAAGUUUUGUGAGGCUGUGGUAGCAAUCUGUAGUUCCUGUGGGACAUCUUCCUAAAUUUCAGGCUGUUGUUACAAAUCAGUUACCUCUUUAUGUGUACAGUUGUCACAAGAGGGACCUCAGAUAACAAACUCAUUUAGUGUGAAAACAAGCAUCAUCACCUUAAUACUGAUCUUUCUUGCUGUGCUUCACAUAGUUCCAUGAGCAGUUUGAAUUGUUCAGCUGCAGCGUGGAUGCAUUUGUCGGUAUGCCUGGGGGAGCUCUGGAGAGAAAACGCUUGGAGCAGGCAGACUAAAAACAGAUGCCUCCAGCGGGCAUUGUAAGUAGAGUUUAUUUCAUCCACUGAGAUGGAAUGAUUUUGUGGAAAGUGAAGCUUCAUCCCUUGUUAAGUGCAAGAUGAGGUUGCAAAAAUAGGUAAUGAGACCAAAUAGGCUGUAUUAGCAAGAGCAUAGCCAGCAGAUCAAGCGGAGUGAUCAUUUGCCUCUCUUUUGGCACUGAUGAGAUUGCAUUUGGAGCACUGUGUCCUGUUUUGGUUUCCAAGCACAGAAGGCACUGACUUUACUGGAGCAAGUCCAGUCGACAGCUACCAGGGUGAUUGGGGGACUGAAGCACAUCACAUACAAGGAGAGACUGGGAGAGCUGAAUUGGUUCAACCUUACUAAGAGAAGACUAAGGGGGAUCUUAUUGCUCUCUUCAGCUGCAUAAUGUGAGGCUAUAGAGAAGACAGAAGUAUUGCAGCAAAAGGACAAAAGACAGUAGUCACAAGUUACAGUGGAGAAAUUUUGGCUGGAAAUGAAUGAAAAUGGCACCAUGAGGAUACUUCAACACUGGGACAGGUGCCUUGAAAGUUUGUGGAAUUUCCAGCCUUGGAGUGCUCAGAAGUUGACCUGGAAAAGGCACUGAGCAUCCUACUAAAGUUGAGUGGGAGUUUGUUGGACUAGCUGACCUCUGGAGAUCACUUCCAAACUAGAUUAUUUAAUUCUAAACGUUAGUAGCAUCACCAGUUCUGAAUGAAGUCUUCCCAUUUGCAUCUGUCAUUGUCAGAUCUAACUUCAGGACAAGGUGGGACUCCGAAAAACAAAAUGUGAGCUCUGGGGGCCAGAAAGGGCUCAAAUAUUAAACUUAAUGAAGGAAUCUGUGCAGGUCUUCACAAGUCUAAAAUCUACCUGGCUUUCCAACUUAAAAAAAAAAAAAAAAGAGGGGGGGUGAAGGUAAGAGAAAAGAUUCAUAAAGUGGAGGCUAAACAUAAGGAAAUUUGGUCUGCAGUAUUAAUUUCUACUUUUAAAGUUGCAAACUUCUGAGCUCAGAAUGAAAUUAUUGUGAGACUCUGAAGACCUACAAAAAUUACAUUAAAUCACUAACAGAUGGUUUGUCUCCUUUCGAUAUAUUAUGUUCUUAAACAGAAGUGGGCAAACUGGUUUAUUAGUGUAUAAAUUACUAGGAUUUCAAAGCCUGGUGUAUGUAGUUCAGUGUGGGGUCUUCCUGGUAGUUUCUUCUGAGUUCUGGGAUCCAGGAAAUCUGAAGAAGCGCCAUACCUAAUUGACAGGUAGCCAGACUUCUGUGCAGCUAUUUUCUUUCUAUUUAUUUUUGAACUUGGAUUUACAGCUACAGUAACCCACUUUCUGUAAGAUCUGGCUAUUGUUGCUACUUGUCAGGUCUAUUAUAAGCUUUCCCAGAAAGUGAGAAAUAAUUAUAUACUAAGUGUGUCUUGACAAACUGUGUAACCGUCUCUGUCUUCUCUGAUUCUUAACUUACUCAAUCUGGCUCAAAAAUUGGACCUUAACGUAUUCUCUGGCUCUUUCAUUCUGGUAGAGAGUAAAUGGCAAGGCUGAAAGUCUUGCAGAAAAUCCGCUGCUGGCAGCUCUCUCGCAGAAGGCUCCAGUCCAAAAUGACAACUGCAGUCGUGUGGUACAGGCACAGGAAUUGUCUCUCAAAUAAGCAUAACCCUGUGAAGCCAUUUAGGGCGACGCAGAGUCCAACCAACACCUUGAAGUCUGUCCAGGAACCCCGGAGAUUAUGGAGCUCUGUUGCCAGCAGCAUGACCUGAAACACAACCUGGCCAUGUCACUAGACAGUUUGAGAGGCCUAUUUUCCUCUGACAAGCCUUUCAGACUCUUAAUAAUAGUCUGUGACACAGAUGAAAGAUGUUAGGUUGACUAGCUAAGUCUCUUAAAUUUGUAUUUAAAUAAAGAGAAUACUUUUUUUUUUUCCACAUAACCAUGUUAGUUUUGUUAGAGGAUUUUCUUCUGACAGAACAAAUUUGAAUAAAAGUACUUUGCUAAGCAUGACAGCUUACGCUUUGUACAGUUGUAGGCAUUGUCUGGCCACCCAAUAUUGUCACAGGGAAAGUUAAUUAGACAGUUCAAAUUUUCGUGCUCAGAAAGCAUCCAGACAGCGUGACUCAUUCUGGAAGUGGGAAGAGAUCAAAUCUAACAUGUAUCACUGGAAACGCUUUUUGUUUGUUUCUCGUGUGCUUUGUAUCUCAGUGUCUCAGCUUUAAUUCAUAAAUAAUAAAAUCAAGAAAGAAAUUCAACAGAGUGCCCUCCAGUGAUAAUCUUUAAAGCAGCAGUGUUCCCCAUUUGUUGCAGAAAUCGGCAGUGUGUUCCACGCCGCCCUGGCAUUGGUGGGAGCAGUUGCGUGACAGCCACCUCAGUGUACGGCAGGGGUUUUCAGCAUUUUCUGGCUUGCAGACUCCUGAAAACCUUCUGGUAGAGUUUGAAGCUCUAGAAUCUAAGUAGCUGAACUGCCACUUGGAUUUUCUUGGGUUCCUUUGGCAAACUGUGUAAAAAUAGGAUAGACCCUUUGCUGUGUGUACACUGAAAUUUGAAAAACAGUGGCAGAAGAUUUUUUUUUUUAAUUAUUAUUUUUAAUCUAGGAAAUUUUCUUAAUACCUUAAGAUGUUUUAGGUUCCCUCAUCCCCUGAUAGGGCAGAAACAAAUACAAGAUAUUUGAUUAAAGUGCAGUUUUAAAGAAAGCUAAAAAGACUGUUAGGCCUACCUCUCAGUGCUAAUGGCAGCUGUUGUAUUUUUCCCUUAUAUUUGCAUUUUUAAGUAAUUUUUUUUUUUACAGACAGGAAAUGGUACCUGAGGCCACAGUACUAAAGAAAGAUGGGAGUAGUUCUUCCAUGUGGCUGUAUCGUAGCAGGGAGUGAAAGGAUCUACCCCUACAGACACAGGCAUAGUGGAAAAAUUGAACCUUAACCAGCCAAACCACGGAAAUGAUCAAAUUAUUUAUGUCGCUAGUAAAGGAAGACAUUUCCCUGAUACUACUUACUUUCAAAAUUAGUCUUUGCUUCAGAAAAUGGGUUUCAUUUGAAGAGUAACUCCUCACUGCGGUGCUGGCGGGUGAUGUGGGAGUCUUUGCUGUCGCAGGCACUGCUUUGCGCUGCCUGCGUGGUGGCUGGUUUGGCUGGAGCCUGUCGGGCUCCUCAGGUGAGCACCACGUCAUCUCAUGACAAACAGCUCGUGGCUGUGGUCUUUGUCUACCCACAGGCACGCAAAGGCCAGAGCUGUUUAUACUCCUGAUCAGCAAAAAAAAUAAUUGCUAUGUCAUGGUAAAACUUAGGUUUUUUCCUCUUCAAAACAGAGGACGUCAUGAUCAAUGUAAAAACAGUUUCCUCAAGGCUUGCAUACAGUCAGUAUUCAUGAUCUAACUGGAUUAUAGUAGAAACUGGAGACCUUCUAACUCUCUUUUGAGAUGAUGGCCUGCUGGAGAAUGCAUCCCUGCUUUUUUAAACUUUAAGGAUAACAAUAGACAGCUGAGUCUUCUUUCCAAAAGUGAAACAACUCAUUGCUGCUUUGUUUUAAUGUUUUUGAAAGUGCAUAUUUUUCUACAGAGAAACUACACUGCAUUUAAAAAUGCAACUGACCUAUAUAUAUAUAUAUUAUUUUUUUUUAAGUCUAGGUGUUCUCUAGGCAGAGCAUUACUCAUCUUUAUCAUAAUUUCAGUUGUUUUUCUGAACUCGGGGCACUUUUUACUGGUGAUACAGUUCACUCCUCUGCGUGCCUGUAGAGUUGUGGUGGUUUUUUUGUUUUUAUGGCUGUGUGUAAACACAGUCUAUAGCACCACUUACCAUUCCUCAAAACUAAGUAAACUUCUUUCAAAGUGUUAUACUUAAGAUACUUUGCAUCUCUUAACAUACUAACUGGAAAAGAAGAAUUUGUUUUAUUACCACAUCAUAAUUUUAAAGAUAAGCACCUUCCUUGCAGCUCCCAAGUCCAACAGUAUAUGUAGGAUAUUUUUCAAUGGCACAGUAAUGGGUUUUGUCUGUAACAUACAAGUUUUAUUUCUAAUUCAUAAAUGCAAUGGUAUGUGAUUGAUUAACUUGUGCAGUGUAUUCUUGCAAAAGUAUCAUUUAUUACUGGAGGCUUAGCAUAAAGUUCUGCAAUCAAAGAUAAUGAAAUACAUUAAUGGGGCAAGUUGUCUUUCUAAUUGCUGCAAUAAUACCACUUUAGUUACAGAAUGACCACUUUGUAUGCUUGCAUGAAAUAAUUUCUUUUUAAAUAAGGCUUUGUUUUCAAUGUGUUUGAAACAACAGGAGUUGGCAAGAACUAGCAGCUUUUUAAGUGUUUUUUGGUUUGUUGUUGUUUUUUAUAGUAGCACAUCCCUAAUAUCUUCAGCCUAUGCUGUCUGAAUUUCCCAGCUGCUCCAGCUCUCCCUCCUUCCCUCUCUCUGCUCCUCCCAUGCGUGCUUCUCAUACCAAACUGGGCAGCGAGUGGGAGGGGACCCUCUCCUUCCCACCCCUCACCCAGCCAAGAGGUUCACCCUGGUCCCUGUCAGCAGCAUCCGAUCGCUUUGCUGGGUGCCCUUUGGAAAUCUUCCGCCAUGGAGUCCCUGAGCCCGUCACCUACAUCCAGUUCAUGAUUUUGUGCUGCCCUGCUGUUUAAUCAAGUGGUAUUAGGGAGCGAAGGAUGUAUACGACGUCCAAACUCUAGGAGCCACAAAAAUAGGCGUUUAUAGCUUACCGAUAUUUCAAUACCAAGAACUUGAAGAGCUAUUACUUUUGCUGUAGUUUGGUGACUUGAUUUAACUUACUCCUUGUAUUUUAGAUACGGUAAUAGGCGACUGCUUAAUUAGUCAGAUUACUGGAUUUAGAGGUUUUAACACAAAAAGUAGAAAUUGCUUUGUCUGUUCGUGCUGCCCAACUUCUUGUGAUGCUGUUACAGCCUCUCACAGAUAAGAUAGGAGAGCCACAGCGUUUCUUACUAUGGUUUUUUUUUUUUUGUUGACCUCAUCAUUCCCGUUAGGAAGCAUUGUGUAUGAAUGCUAUUCUGUCAUCACAAGCAUGAUUUAAUAGGACAGUCUGGCACCUUGUAAACCUUGGACAGCCCAGCUUCUUUCAGGGAAGAACUGAGAAAAUGCUUCCAGAACAGGCAGCUGGUUUAAGUAACUGACAUUGUACACAAAGUUGACUGAGAAAAUGUCAUCUUAAUUCAUGCAUCUACAGCUUGCUAGAAUAUUUUCUGUAAAUUAAUCAAUAUAAUGUAAAUUUUGAGAUUCUGUGUGUUCUGACUUUGGUCACAGGGCUGCAGGAUGGGGUUAGCAUGAACAAUAAUCUGCAACUAAAGUUUAGACCUGGUUCCCUCAAGACACAUACUUGGGAGCAUGCUGAGUUGCUGGGGGUGGGAGUAUUCCUAUUGACAUUGAGGAGACAGGUCUUUGCAAGUAAACGUCUUACAACCUCAUUUUUAAGGCUGAUUUUUAGGCCAGAUAAAUACACUUGCCCUGGUUGUGCUUGUAAGUAUACCAGUUCUGUGCUAUGGAGUUCUCAGUUUGUUACAGAUGUACAUAAAGGGUAUCGUACAUGUCCUCUGCCAAAAGAAGCAUUUCUGGUAUUGCAAGAGCAGUGCCUGGCUCUAAUCAGGGAGAUAUUCGUCUAACAACUAGCCAGGUGACCCUGCUUGUGUUUCAUGGCAAUUCUUGGACAUAGUUGAGCUGGACUGGCUUCAUAUUUUGCCUACAGAAGUUUUAAUAUGCUUAACAUUAUCCAAUACCAGCAACUGGGGUAGUCUAAAUACCACAGCAGGGACUGAUUAGCUUUUUCAGAUCACUACUUUUAUUCGCUGUUUGCAAAGAGGCUUAAUCCGGUGCUGGAGAUCAGGCGUCCCACUGUGCUCGUGGGUAGCUUUCUCUCACUCUUUGUGUUCACAGUGGCAGAAAUUAGUGAGGAGCCUCCUCCUGCCUCCAACUUAAAAGCUCCAAAAUAGCAGUGUUAGUAGUUGUUCUUGGGAGUGUUCAAGGGAAAGUGCAGACAAACUGCAGUUGGGGUUUCUGCUUUGCAGCUUAGUGUCUGGGCACAUCAUAAAUACAUCAAUGUAAUAACAUGGUGGUAUGGGCUUUCAUUUACUGUAUUGAAUCACUAUAAUAUCCACAUAAAGCUUGGGAAAUUACUCACAACUUUUCUAACAAACCUAUUCUAAUUCUUUCCUUCUUCUAAAUCACAGUGGAUGUUUCCCAGCAGAUAGCCUGUCCUCCCAAGCAGAGGAGGACAGCUGCCUCUGUGGUUCUUAGUAUUGCUUUCAGUAAUGAUGCUGAAGUUGAGUAAAUCCACUUUUCUAGUAGUCAUUCAGAGGAACAAUUGCAAAUGUAGAAUCCCCUCCUUAGUUACGCUGAGCUGUCUUCAGUGAGGUUAGCAGCAAUGGCAGCUUUUUGUUUGAAAGUCCACAUGUCUCCACCUUUUUUAUUAAGCAUCAAACCUUUCUAUUGUUAGAUUACUAAAUAUGAGUGUUGCAGGGCUUGGUGAUAUUGGAAAUGUUGGGCAGUGAGAGGAAGGAUGGACUGGAGUUUGUGUUUCCAUGUGGCUUACUUCGAUAAAAAUAAAACCAAUAAAAAGCUGGCAAUGGCUUAGCUCCUGACCUGUGUUCAAAUAUUUCAUUGUUGCAAAGAGACAGAAGAUCUUGGCAUCUAGAACAGGUCUGUGAAAUAAAAGGGAAAGAAGUUCUGUUGCAAAAAAAUAUGAGUGACUCCAGAACAAAAGAGUGAUUCAUAGUUCCUCUCUAUCAAGUGCCCUAGUGUUUCAAUGCCACUGCUUAAAAAUAUCCAUUAUUCCACAUAUUAAUAUCACAUGGUUUUAGUUUAGUCCGUUUCACCUUCCUUUGAAAUCACCCACAAGAUCUCUGUUAGAGUUGUGUGCAAAUGCAAGUUUAUUACAUUUAUUGACUGAUGUACAAAAGUGUCAGGAAAUUCAGAAAGCAGCUUCUGAAUACAUUUCAGUGUUUAGUGUGGGCUCGUUUCAUACCUCCUUGCACUUUGUACCAAUAUGAGUAAUUUUGCAAAAAGGAAAAGGGAAAUACAAACAGCUACUGAUAGAUUUAUUUCUCUUUAAUAUUUUUCCUUACAAAGAACUUUUUGUUUCCAUAAUAGAAGGGAUUAUAUUCCAUACGACUGAGAUAUUUUAAGAGGAACUCGCAACUUUUACUACUAUAAAAUAAUUCCUUUCUUUGUUUCAUGAAUUAGAAACAAUGAGGAGAAGCUGAAGUCUGCCCAAGCCAGGUGUUUCUUGUUGGCAGCCUGCUCCCUAAUGACUCUGGCUCUCGUACAGCAGCUGCCUGCUAGUCUCUUUUGUAUGGCCUAUUGUUGCUGCACACCCCUCGUUAAUACACAUGCUGCCCGGGGCAGACCCCGAGAAUGACAUCAACUUGCUUAUCUGAGACAGCUCCGAACCUGACGCAGGGUGGGUGGGAGGUUGCCUCGCAUCUGCCCGGCCAACUAAUUGUGGGCGCUGCGGGUCGUGAUUGGCUCCGCGGCCGCGCAGGAGUAGGUUAAGCAAAGACAUCGCGGGUCCAUCUGUUCGGCCAGUCAUUGUUCUGCUUGCUUGCCUGAAGUCUGCAGCUGAAAUCGCGUUAAGGAGUUGCUUCUGGAACAGCUACAGGAAACCAAUGUCUGUGUGUUUUCCAGCGAACGAAUACGGGACACUUUAUAUUCAGGAAUACAAGCAAAACAGCAAAGUGGAGUCAAGUACAUGCAGCAGCUUCAUGGGCUUGAAGGAUCAUCUGGGGCGUGACUUAGGCCACCUUUAUGUGGGGAGCACUGGCACACAAGUAAAUGCAAUUGUACCUUGGUCAGUGGCGGAGAAGCCAACGAUGGAUAAGGUUAAUUCUAGGAAAGAGGAUGUAGACAAGGAGGCAUCUGAAGAGACUUCUGGAAGCUCCAGCUGUGACUCUGAAGAAAGCACAAAUUCUGAUAAUGAUUCAGAGAGACUGAAUAGUUCUGCAUCAGAAUCACAUUUAUUACCUAAGACUCACCGACAGCUGUGCCGAUCUCCUUGCUUAGGGCCUCAUAUACUAAAAAGAAAUGAAAUCUUCCAAGACUUUAAGAUAGAAGAGGCUCAGAUAGUACCUAAGGAAGUCAAAAAGGCCCCUGAUGUGGUGAAAGAAUAUCAAACCAAACUGGAGUUUGCACUUAAGUUGGGUUACUCUGAAGAGCAGGUUCAACUUGUACUGAAUAAACUUGGUACUGAUGCUUUAAUAAAUGAUAUUUUGGGAGAACUUGUCAAACUUGGGAAUAAAACUGAGACUGAUCAGACUGUAACUAAUGCUAACACUAGUGUAAUGCGUGAAGCGUCUUCCAUAGAGUCUCAGAGAUCAGAGUCUCCGCUGCAGCAGGAUGUGACGGAGGACGGUGACAACCUGAGGCCAAUAGUUAUUGAUGGCAGCAACGUUGCAAUGAGCCAUGGGAACAAAGAAGUAUUUUCUUGUCGAGGAAUCAAGUUGGCAGUAGAUUGGUUUUUGGAAAGAGGCCACAAGGAUGUUACAGUGUUUGUACCAGCAUGGAGGAAAGAACAGUCGAGACCUGACGCUCUUAUCGCAGAUCAAGAAAUCUUGCGUAAAUUAGAAAAGGAGAAGAUUCUUGUGUUCACACCAUCCCGCCGGGUGCAAGGGAGAAGGGUGGUGUGCUACGAUGACCGAUUUAUUGUGAAGUUGGCCUUUGAGUCAGAUGGCAUCAUUGUUUCUAAUGAUAACUACAGGGAUCUAGCUAAUGAAAAGCCUGAAUGGAAGAAGUUCAUAGAUGAACGCUUGCUGAUGUAUUCAUUUGUUAAUGACAAAUUUAUGCCUCCUGAUGAUCCUCUUGGCCGCCAUGGUCCCAGUCUGGACAAUUUUCUUAGGAAGAAGCCUAUUGUGCCAGAACAUAAGAAGCAACCGUGUCCAUAUGGGAAGAAAUGUACCUAUGGACACAAAUGCAAAUACUAUCAUCCAGAAAGAGGAAAUCAGCCUCAGCGAUCUGUAGCUGAUGAACUUCGUGCCAUGUCUAGAAGCACAGCUGCCAAAACCACAAGUGAAGGAGGACUCGUAAAAAGCAAUAGCGUUCCCUGUAGCACUAAAAGUGACAGCACUUCUGAGCUGAAGCGUGCUGCGCCAAAGAGGCAAUCGGAUCCUAGUAUAAGGACUCAAGUCUAUCAAGACUUGGAGGAAAAGCUUCCCACCAAAAACAAGUUGGAAACCAGGUCUGUACCUUCUUUAGUUAGUAUACCAUGUUCCCCUGCUGCAAAACCCCAAAGUACUGCACCUUUAACUAACGGCCUUCCAUCCGGAGUUCACUUCCCACCUCAGGAUCAAAGACCACAGGGACAGUAUCCUACAGUGAUGAUGGCAACCAAAAAUCACGGAACGCCAAUGCCUUAUGACCAGUAUCCAAAAUGUGAGUCACCUGUGGAUGCAGGGUAUUACUCUAUGCUGAGUGCAUAUUCAAAUCUCAGUAUAUCUGGUCCACGUAGUCCUGAAAGGUGCUUCUCCUUGGACACGGACUAUAGGAUUAGCUCUGUAGCUUCCGACUGCAGCAGCGAAGGGAGCGUUAGCUGUGGCAGCAGUGAUUCCUACGUGGGUUACAGCGACCGCUCUUACGUGAGUUCGCCUGACCCACAGCUGGAGGAGAACUUGAAGUGCCAACACAUGCACCCCCAUGGCCGCCUUAACACUCAGCCCUUCCUACAGAGCUACCACGAGCCUCUCACACGAGUGCAAAGCUAUAGUCACGAAGAACCAAAGCAUCACCACAAACCUCCCGUUCCAUACAUGGCUGUGCAUCUACAGCAUCCAACAGUCGGUGCUCGCUCUAGUUGUCCGAACGACUACUCUACAUCUCAGAGUUCGUCACAUUCAAAGACCAUGCAUCUGGGGAGAGCCCUCGUGUCCACGAGAAUAGACAGCAUUUCAGACUCACGUUUGUAUGAUAAUUCUCCGUUAAGACACAGAAAGCCUUAUUCUGGCCAAGAUGGGCUUGGAAGUUGGGACAGGCAGAGCUACGGGAUGGAUGCGUACGGCUUCCGCCAGACCUACUCCUUGCCCAGUAACCCCACGCAGCCGUGUUACGAGCAGUUUGCCUUCCAAAGCUUACCUGAACAGCAGGACCAGACUUGGCGCGUACCUUACUGUGGAAUCCCUCAAGACCUUCCAAGGCACCCAGACACCCGGGAGAAGGUUUACAUUAACCUCUGCAACAUCUUCCCCCCCGAUCUUGUGAGGAUCGUCAUGAAGAAGAACCCUCACGUGACGGACGCUCAGCAGCUCGCUGCAGCCAUCUUGGUGGAAAAAUCUCAGCUGGGUUAUUGAGAGAUGAUGCAUCUUUGUGGUGUCGAGUAGUUUUCAGCUCAGCUCUGACGCUGAGGGAGGUUUGCUACAAUAGCAUUUGGGAUCUCCUUCUCGGCAAGGAGGUUAUAUAGUAAUCCAUUUAUGUGAAAUACUGUAUCAUGGAGUCUGUAUGUAUAGCCCCAUGCAUCAGAAGUACCAGAUAUGUUUUGUGUUCUAGUUUGAAAAAUUUUAAAUGGCUAUUUUCGCAGCUGGAGAAUGUUCCAGUUUAAAUUAAUAUAUAUACAUAUAUAUAUAUAUAUAUAUAUGAAAAACCUGUGGUCUCUGGUUAUAAUCUUUGGUGCAUCAGGGGUUUAUAUGCAGCACUUUCUAUCCUUAUUACAUGUUGUUGGGAUUUUUGUUUCCGUUUUUUGACUUGCUGGAUGUUUGUCCUUGGGCUGUGUGGUAUUAAAACAACCUGCAGAAAGAGGAUUUUGCUACUUCUGGCAGGCAAUUUUCAAGCCAAGUUUUUGAACUUUUUACAACAGCGUAAGUAUGUUUUUGUUUGUUUGUUUGUUUUUGUGAGCUUUUUUGUGCUAUAAUCAUCUAUUUAUAGGAAACAAAGAUUUACUACAGCACUGACUUCAUUUUUUUUUUAACAAAUAAUUAGGUUACCAGUUAACAGUGAAAUGGGUAACAAUAUAUUGGUAAUGUACAGUAUGGCACUUUUCAUGGCUUUCUUUGAUUUGUUUAAGUAGUUACAUGUUUUGUUGAUGCAGUUUAUCAGUAAGAUCAGAUGCAGUCAGAGGAAAAACAAAAUAUAUAUUUUUUUUACUAAUUUAUGGACAAGGUAAAAGCCUUAUUGCCUGAUUUUGAAAGGUGCUGAGAAUUUACAGCCCCCUUUUGGAGCAAGCAGGAGCUGCAGACUCUCAGAACCUCCCCAAACCAGGCCACCCUGUUUCAGUUCCCGUGUUGUUACCCAGCUCUGUGUGUUUCUGGUCAGUAGAAGGGGGCCUGAAAUCGCAGGGUCUCGUUUAGUUGUUUUGUGUGUUUUUAAUUUGUAUUGCUGCACAAGUGUACUGCAUAAAAUACGCUUUUCAUAAAGUAUUUACCUGUUUUUAAAUGAAUUUAAUUAUCUCAAUGCAAGUUUUGUAUUUAAGAUACUGUUUGAUUUUUCUUGCUAUUUAUCAAGGCUGGCCUGAAAAGGUUUUGUGUGUUGAGGAUAUGCAACAUUUAUUAACUGCACUAUGGUAAUGAUAUUGUAGCUCAAAAUAAUAACUUAAACCUUUUUCUUUUGAUUCUGUUUGGGUUGGAGAGGGAGGGUUGCGAGGAGAGAAGAUACCGUAGGUGUUCCUGAUAGUAGUUUUUGGCCUGUUGCGUCGUGUAGGCCCAAUUCUUGCCACAAAUAGUGUAGUUUUAGAAACAGACAAACCAAGUCUGUUUUAGUAUUAGUAAGGGAUAUUUCUGGUUUUAAGUCAUGGGUUUUACUAGCACUUCGUAAGCUUUUAUAUAUAAAUAUAUAUAUAAAAUAGAAAUAGAUUUUGCAAUUGAUGUCAGAUGUAUUUAUGUGACAUAGUUGCCAACAGUUUUAGGUUUUCAUCCAUUGUAACGAUGUUCAGUGUUACAAAAAAAAUCACUAGCUUACACUACUACUGCUGAUAAUUUUGGUACGCUUGCUGGAAUUUAAAGUAAGGCCCUGAAGAACCAGAAAGUACCUUUUACUGUUGAUACAAAUUGUAUCUUUUUAACUGAGAACUAUUUUGAUUUGUAGAUUAAAUAGAAACACAAACGUGUAACUAGUCUUUUGGGCAACAUUUUAUCCCUUAUUUAAAAAAUUAGAGAUUUCAGGCAUAGAACAGGUUUAGGCAAGUAAAGGUAGAUAUUUAUUUAGGUGUCUGUCUCAAUUUCACACGUUAAAAAGAAAAAAAAAAAGCAAGUAUUGGCAUCUUCUUCCUUCUAAAAUCUUUGUAGUGGGAACUCACUAAAAUAAAGGUAAAAUGCUGCCUGAAAAAUGAUGUCCAAGCACCUUUGAAUACGAAGACGUUUUCACUACUUGUGCGACACCGUGUGUUGCAACGAGUAGGGUUUGGGUAUACAGUAAAUGCUUCUAAAGAGCAUUGUGCUUAUAGACACAUCCAAUAAUCUGAACCAUGUUCAGCAAACCGAUUCGGGAGGUGGUGCUCAUGUGGGUCCCGCUGCAGAUGUGCUGCGGGAUCUGUCACCUGUCCCUGCGGCAGCGCCGGGGGACUCGGCGCCGCUGUCCUGUCUGGCUGUUCAGGGAGAGGACUUCUUCAUCCGUGGCAACAGUUUUUCCCUGGAUUUGGUUGGUCGCCAUCCGUAGAGCGUGUUUUAAUGUAGAGAUCGAUGCAGUGCUGACGCUGAGGUUUGAACUGGGAAGUGGGUCUCAUCUUAGUUGUACACUGAGAUUUUUUGAAAUUGAAUUACACUUAAGUACUACACCAUAGUGUAGAUGCAGCUGUUUUAAUAAUGCAAUUAUUAUAUUUGUGUUUUUAAUGGGUUUCUACAUUUAUUUUUUAUGUAGGAAUUUACUUCUGCCAAAAGUUGAAUUCCUUUAAGCAUGAACAGAAACAUGUGUAUGUAGUAGAGGCGUUUGGUCUUUUUCCGUAUCGCGUGAGCAUCAGAACGCUCCCUGCUGUGUACAUGGAGCGGUCUGGGCUCAGCCACGGUGUUAAAACGGUGCGAGGAGACGCGUGGGACUGUGUGCUCUCAGUAUUGGUUGCCUCCGGGGGGGGUUCAAUGCAGUAUUGAACCCCUGGAAGUGUGUGGAUUGCUAGAGAAUUCCUGUAAUAGGUUCUGUGCUUUGUGCUCAGGCACUGAAAAUGCUUUAAAAGUAUAAGAAAAGGAGUAAUCGGAUGGUUUUUAAUGUUGUGCAAUGAUGUGCUAGUUCCCCUUAGACUCUCUUAUGUUGGGUAAAGCAGAUUUGCUGUGGACAAGGUAUUGGCCUUGAUAUUUCCUUGGUUUUUGCUGUGAUAAUAAUGAGGAGUUGCCUGUGAACUCCUCCACAAAGAAGACACCAGUCUAUGUAUUUAACAGCCUUUAGGAAGGACACCAGUAAUAAACAUGAAGCAAUGAUACUGGUAAGAUACUACAUUUGUCAAUGCAAUUGCAUUGAUGCAAAUAAAUGAACUGUAACAUCCCGUGUUACUUAAACAGUGAAGGUGGUUCAGUGAUCCCUCCCCAGCUGAAUGCUGCAACUGCAGUGAAGGAUUAAGCACCUUCAGGUUAGACCUGUCCCACCACGCGAAGAGGGCAACACUCUCCCUUGUCUUCAGUACUUGAGAGCUAUUUUGAUACUUAGCAGAAACUCCAUAUUUUUAGAUACAAUCCCAAGCUAUUAUAUCAGUAAUAGUACAUAGAUACUCAGUAUUUUGAAUGCACAUUUACAUGAGGCAUCUGCCCACGACUGUUUUGUAUACAACGUGUUGCCAAUAUUUAGAGUUUUAAACCUAACUUUGAGGUAAAUAUGCCCAGGCUGUGACAGUAUUAAUAGCUUUGUUGUCUCUUUUUUUUUUUUUAAUAUAAGUAUGUGUGCGUAUAUGUCUACAUAUAUACACACUCACAUGCACUUGGCAAGUGGGUUUAAGCCUACUGCUAAUAAUCCGAGGUAAGAUCAUAUCUUUUCAGGUGUCCUUAUUUUCUGUGGUGUGUCUGAAUCGUAGCUCGGUCCCCCGCUGCAGAAUAGCUGUGGGGAGAGCCGGCAGCCCGCUGUGUUGUGUGACACCCCAAAAAGGAGUCGCGCGGGCCAGCGCAGCGCUGGAAGGGGACUUGUGCAGCCGUGCAGCCUAUGGGCUCUGGCUGAUCUUCUGCUGUGGAAGUCGUAGCUAGUGGUGGACGCUUUUCCAAGAGUAUCAAAGCUGUCGGUGCAACCCUGAGUACCUCACUGGGCACAGAAAGCUGGGGGCGUUUGCCCCGGCGCGGUGAGCACCAGAGGAGUAAAAGCCUUGGGUGAGAGCUGCUGCAGCAUCGGGCUGCGCUGAGACUGCCAAACAUUCAUCGGUUUUCAGCUGAUGGUUUGACCAAGGUGUUUGCAAUGUCUAAGGCUUGAAAAAUGAAACACAAUGUUUUCGUACUCUCUGGAGCAUUUAGAAAAAUACCCAACUGACUUUUCAUUGCUACUGAAAAUUUAAAAUACUGUGCAAUUAAAGAUACCAUUUUUUAAAAUAAAAAUAAUGUAGAAAUUAUUUAUUUUGAUUUACAGUGUGACUCUUGCUAAUUUAUUCCUUGCAUUAUAAGGCUGUGGUGGAGUGCUGUUUAUAUUUUUUAUUUAUCAUAGGAACUAAAACUGCUGAGAAUAAAAACCAAUAGAUUUAAACUUCAAACAACAACAGAAAAACGCUAUGGCCUUCUUUUGUUUUUUUAUACAAGGGCUGAGGUUUUAUAAAUGUCAUAUCAUGCAUUUUAUAUACUUUGUACGUUUUAGAGAAGUGCAGUUUAAGAAUUUUGUUCAAAUUGAGUAUGUAUGUGCACAUUGUUUAGACUAACCAUGUAACUAACCCUCAAAUCACCCGUGUUAUUGUUCCAGCUAACCUUUUGCUAGGUAACAUCAGAGACAUUCAGACUUCAUCUUUAGAUGUUCUAGAAUACAUUUCAUUGAGGUUUCAUCAGAAACUGGUCACCAAAUGGCACGUGAAAUGCCUGUUUGUGUGUGACUCACCCGCUGUGCGCUGGGUUUCCCUGGCGGGGCACUGGGUGUAACGGCACCAUCAAUACGGUGUGGUGUUCAUAGAUACAAGUAUGCUUUAAAUAGCGUCCCAGCUUCCAUUUUCAGGUUUUAAAGGGUUGUCACAACCCGUGCUUGCAAUGUUUAUUCCUCUGUCUACCUUCUAAGCUAAAUGAUGGCAAUAGUUCUCAUCUCCUCUCUCAGGUGUAAUGGCCGCUGGAGGGCCCGGUCUCCGAGUGCUCACACAUUGACCCGGCUCGGGCACAGGUUACUUCUGUGCGCUGAUUCCAGUGGCGCUAGAGGAGACCCGAGUUAAACCGGGCCUGUGUGUAAGCGCGGGAGGAGCGGGGGCUUGAGGAGCACAUCUGGAGCACAGCUGGGGAGCCGCCUGCACCCACUCAGAGCCGAGAUCUCGCUGGUGCUGACAGGCCGUUCAGCCGGGAUCGCAGUUUGUGGCUGUUGGGAACGCUCCAAACCAAAUCUCUGGAGAUGUUUAAGCACAUCAAAGGUGUAACAACCUUCUCUUCACCUUAUAAAACAAAAACCUCACUGCUUUUUUUAAGCUGACUUGUUCUUUCGCUCUCAGAUGAAGUCUCAUUUACCAAGUUAGGUUGGCUGGUUGGUUACUUUUUUGUUUAUCUGAACAACAUUCUCGAUGGAACUGAUGUUUAAAAACUGUUUUACCAGCAUAUUACAGAACAUGCUGCCAGGAAACAGAAAUGCAGAUACAGCAGCAAUAAUUGCGUUGUGUAGUUCAUUUCCCCGUCAUUAUCUCUGUACUUGUGUUGACUAGAUGAGAUUUUUAAUAUUGUCCUGAAGUCCACUCCAGCAAAAAAAAUGCGUUAAAAAUAAUGUUUGGACUAUUUGAUAAAGCAAUUGUCAUACUGGCUCUUUGUUCCUUCACUGGUUACUCUGUAUGAUUUCUGUGAUGUGACUAUUCACAUCUUAAAACUACCUUCUAAACCAUACAGAAAAAAAUGUACAUGGAUUCUGCUUUUAGAGAAGAAAAUAAAGAUUCAUUUUCCUCGUU